AUGAUGAUCUUACCGGUUGGUUAUGUCUGGAUUCGGUCUCGAUUUUUGCAUCAAAGCAAGGGGAGACAUCAGAUUUUCAUACUCCUGCUUACUUUCACGGUAUAUGUACUUUACCAUGCCUCCCGAAAACCCCUAAGCGUUGUUAAAACCGUGUUUCACAAAAAGUGUAUACCAACACCAUCGAAAGAACCAAAUUGGUGUCAGUGGAAGCCGUUUGAUGCCGAUGAUUGGAGUCAUUUGGUCGGCAGCCUGGAAUAUGUUUAUCUCGUGUGUUAUGCUUUUGCAAUGUUUCCGUGUGGCCAUCUUGCCGAAAGAAUAGACUUACGCAUAUUCCUCACCAUCGGAAUGGUGACAAGCGGAUUCACUACUAUUUUGUUUGGUUUGGGAUACUACUUUGACAUACACAUAUUUGCAUAUUACUUUAUUGUUCAGAUUCUGGCUGGUUUUACGCAGGCAACAGGGUGGCCUGCAGUUGUUACUAUACUAAGUAAUUGGAGAGGCCUUAUAAUGGGUGUAUGGAAUGCACAUACUAACGUUGGCAACGUCCUUGGCUCCAUAAUUGCUGGUGUUUUUGUGAAUCAGCAGUGGGGUGCAUCCUUCGUGGUACCCGGAUUCCUUCUUGGUGCUGGUGCUUACAUAGUAUACAUAGUCCUGGUGGAUCGUCCCCCUUCUGAACUCGACUCCGCAUCCGUCCCGACGCAUGCUGUUGAGCAGCACCGCAAAUCUCUUACUGGAUAUUACGGGGAUGUCAAGACUCUGGCGAAUUUGAGUUACAAGGAAAAGCCGAUAUCAUUUUGCGCCGCACUUUGGUUGCCGAAUGUUAUGACCUAUGCACUGGCUUUGUUUUUUUCAAAGCUGGUAGCCUAUACUUUCCUCUAUUGGCUGCCCAAUUACUUAGCAAACGUAUCUAGUGAGGGUAUUUCUGCUGAAAAGGCCGCGUGGUUGUCGACAAUCUUCGAUAUCGGGGGAAUCUGUGGCGGUAUUCUUGCCGGUCUGCUCAGUGACACGACGUCGUCUGAGCCUGUGGCAGUGUCCCCUCAGGAGUCAUCUCUACAGACCCUCUAUUUUCGUGCGGUAACUUGUGCAUCCAUGCUCUUGAUCGCUGCUCCUUCUUUAUUCUUUUAUCAGUUGAUCGCUGCGAGCCUGUCGUUUACGUCAAUGGUCGUCCUCUUUAUCUGUGGCGGUCUGGUGACGGGACCUUGCGCGCUGAUCACAACGGCUGUGUCCGCUGACCUUGGGACUCAGCCAAGCCUCCAAGGUAAUUCCAAGGCAUUAGCCACCGUCACGGCAAUCAUAGACGGGACCGGAUCUCUAGGAGCAGCGUUGGGGCCAUUCCUUACGGGCAUUUUGGUAUACUACGGUUGGCACGCCGUCUUUAUGAUGCUCAUCUUCGCUGACCUAGUAGCACUUGCGAUAACCCUCGUAAUCGCGUGUAGGAAUCGUAACGGUGGCGCCUACGAAAUAAAUGUUUUUAACCUCCGAUCCCUCUUUUCACUAUAG